GCUCCUCUCUCUCUCUCUCUCUCUCUCUCUCUCUCUCUGUAACCCAAAAAAUACUCCUUUUUCCUAAAAUUUCUCAACAAAGAGAAAUCCACAUCCCCAUUUCUCCAUUUAUCCCCAAAUCCAAAGCAAAGUUUCCUCUUUUAUUGUGAGAAAUCGAGGAAGAGGAGGAAUUUCCCUAAAUUUGCAUCCAUUUGGGUUGAAAUUUGUUUGUAAAAUUGGGGAUUAAUCGAGGGCGAAUUCGUCGUUGUUGGGAACAGGGCAUGGAUUUGAGGAAUGGGAUGCAUUGGCGCAGAGGCGUAAUGCGAACUCUCGCGGGGCGGGGAAUCUGAAUUGAUUGAGCAAGGUUGAGAAUUUGGCAAUGGAGUUUGCACCCUCUCCUUCAUCUCCUCAAUUUAGUGCAGGAGAAUGCAAUUCAGAAGAAGAUGAUGCUAAUGUAGGUAGUUCACAUUCCUCUGAGCAAGUGCCUGAACUAAGCUUGUGGGAGAGACUUGGAAAAGCAGCCAUGUUGGACAUUGAAUCAAAUGACUUCUCGUGGAGUUCUCUCUCUUCUCUUUACCAUACAAAACACACUAGCAGUACCGAACCUUCGGAGGAUGAACUUAAUAAAGCUCUAGAGGUGACUGUAAAUUCUGGAGGAGUUGUUUUUAUUGCACUAUUCAACACUUCAGAAGAUUCUGACACUUCUCCAAAGGAAGCAGCUGCAGUUCUCAAAUUUGCAUCUUCAAGGAUGGCCACACAGUCGGAGCGCCUGGGUUAUGAAUUUGCGAAAUGGCUUGGAGUGAGAACACCUCAAGCUAGAGUGAUCCACAAUGCCUCCUCUGAAUGGCAACAAAUAAAGGAUGCCACUGAAAAGGCUCGGUGUAUGGCAGUUUCUAAUGGCGACGAAGUCAGUGAAACGACUUGUUCCGAGUUGUUGGAUGCUCUCGAAUUAAGCCGUUGCCUUUUUCUAAUGAAUUAUAUACAUGGCUCACCGCUGCUAGAGAACUCAACCCCAUUUGAUUCUCGAGAGGCUGCUGAGAAAACAGCAGAAGCCCUUGGAAAGGUUUUAAUGUUAGAUCUUAUUCUUAGAAAUGAAGAUAGACUUCGCUGUCGUUGGCUUGGAUGGCGUGGUAAUUAUGGUAAUUUAUUAGUAACAGACGAGGAGGCCUCCGCAAAUAUGGAUUUACUGGAUGAAGUUUUUUAUGAUUCUACUGUGAGAAGAUACAUGCCAGAAGUUAUAAGGAGCCAUCAGAAAGAAAGAAGAGCAAUAUCAGUUAAUGGCAGGCUAAGUUCAGAUAAUCUUAAGCUUACUAGCGAAGUUUCUGAUAGCUCCACUGAGCUUAAUAAUAGACCGAAAAUGAUUAAACAAGUCAUAAAUGACAUAAAAAGUUGUGAUUUCUAUAUUGUUGCGAUCGACUCUGGGGUACCAAGAAGACCCCCGGUGGGGAAACGUGCGAGAGACCAAGAAAAUUAUCCAAAAUUGGUAGAGCUCACAUUGAAUAAUUGGGAGUAUUCUUCGAACCUUUUGUAUGAAUUAUCUUUUGGAAAACUAGGGUUUCCCGGACCCGACGAAGCCACACUAUCAUCUCCGGAUUGUAGUUGUUCUUUAAUUGAUUCUGAUAUGAUAGCAGUGGUCGGUGCAUUUAGGGGAGGAUUUAAAGGGGCUCUAAGGGACCUUCAGGGAUUCCAUAUUUUUCUUCUCACACUUUACCAGAAGUUAGAUGGGCUUUUACGGUGUUUAUUGCCGCUUAUUAGUAAAUUUGGUGAAUCAGACAAGGAUGAUUCUGGUGCUUCUGAUUCUCCUUCAUUUUCUGCUGGUUGUAGUAGCACUAAUUCUCCCUUUCCUGCGUGCAAGGGAAAUGGUGGGAGUGAAAUUAAUGUAGAAUCAAGUGAUAAUGAGAUUCAGAAACUUGUGCGGAGGCAGUCACAUGGAGGAUCUCGCGAAAGUUUUGAUCUAGCUUCUUCUUUCUCUCGAGAGAGUUGGAAUGUAAGGUAUUUCAGAGGAAAUGGGGAUCAGAAUAGGAGUUUGCGAUUGACGAUGAAGCUUCGUGAUUUUAACAAAUUUGCCAAGGUAGAUGCUGAAUUGAACAAGGAGUUGGAACAAUGGAACGAAAUGCUAAGAACGGAUGUCAUAAAACUGUGCCAGGAGAACAACUUUAAUACGGGCUUCUUUGAGGGGAGUGAUAGUAACAUUGCCAUUGAUGCCUAUGAAUUAAAGGUCCGACUUGAACACAUUCUAGAGAGGAUAUCUAUGAUUUCCGAUGCAGCAAGCACUGAACGGCCAUCUCAAAUCACCGACAAUUUAUACAUUGGUGGAGCUUUGGCUGCGAGAUCAAUGUAUACUCUUCAGCAUCUUGGCAUCACGCAUAUAUUGUGCUUAUGUUCGAAUGAAAUUGGGCAAGCAGAUUCCCAAUAUCCUUAUCUUUUUGACUACAGGAACUUCUCGAUACGGGAUACUGAUGAUGAAGAUAUCAGUGAUCUCUUUCAAGAAACUUCCGAUUUCAUCGAUUAUGUAGAGUACCUCGGUGGUAAAGUACUGGUACAUUGCUUUGAGGGAAGGAGCAGAAGCGCGACUGUGGUACUCGCUUACUUGAUACUAAGAAAAAAUCUCACUCUCCUUGAAGCAUGGAACAUGCUAAGGAAAGUACACCGUCGUGCACAACCUAAUGAUGGCUUCGCGAGAAUCCUCCUUGAUCUCGACAAGAGGCUACAUGGAAAAAUCUCAAUGGAGUGGCAGCAUAGAAGGCCGACGAUGAAGGUAUGCCCUAUAUGUGGAAAAAAUGCGGGUCUUAGCAGCAGUUCGCUUAAGCUCCACCUUCAAAAGUCCCAUAAAAAGAUUUCCUCGGGUAGUGUUGAUAGUGCAAUGACACUGGAGAUACAGAAGGCUAUCGAAGCACUUAAGAUAAGCCGAAGUGGUAGUGUCAGUCCAACCCAGAAGCAGUUGCAGUCGCAGUCGCAGUCGUUUAUUGAAAAUCUUGCAAGCUGAAUAUGACAUAUCGGUGAACGAGAUUAUUGCAAGUAAUGGUAUUGUUUUCUUGGUAAUUUGCAUUAAUUGGAGAGAUUGAGCAUUACUAUACCACAAUUUGAUUACGUGUUUUGGUGACGAGUUUACAUUCUUUUUCCUCCGUAAAAUAUGAUUCAAACUGGAAAUCUUUUUCCCUGGUUUAGAUAUGCGUACCAACUAAGAUCAGUUGGUGAUGAUUAUCUCAAUUUUGUUUAAACCUUUCUUGUAAUCAAUUUUGCCCUCAAGAAAUGGUUAUUUUUAAUUUCUUUCCCCCUUGAUGGAGUAUGUAAAUUUAAUGCAAUUGAGGCAAUGGAUUGCCCAUACUAUGCAUGCAAAAAAUAGCCUAUAAAUUAAUUGCAACAGCCUUGUAAUAUUAAUUUGUUAUAUAGAGACUUAUAAUAUGUGUGAAAACUUUUUUGAGUGA